AUGGCUGACCCCACAUUUUCAUCAACAAGUCCAUCUACAAUAAAUCAAAACGUUCUUACUUUCUUCAUCGGAGUUGUUGUAUUGUUCGUAGUUCGAUGGGAUCGGGGGGUUAUUUUCAACACUGGGCACGUAUGGAGAGACUUACGAAGGUUUACACUCUCAACUCUUCGGAAUUUUGGUGUUGGCAAGAAAAGUUUAGAAGAGAAGAUACAUGAAGAAAUUCUGGAAGUUUCCAAUGCCAUUGAAGCCCACAAAGGCAAACCUUUCGUCCUCAAGAAACAUAUCGCCGAUGGUACUUUUAACAUCAUUUACAAUUUAAUCUUUGGACAGAGAUUAGAAUACACUUCUCCAAGAUUUAAUGAAUUCAUUCAGAUAUUUGACUACCUCUUCAAAAAUGCUGGUUUGCAAGUUCCUGAGAACUUUCUCCCAUGGCUUCAGUACAUCCGCAAGAAUUCACCUGUACAGACUAUGAUUAAAAAUGAUGAAAUUCUGCGUGCCUAUGUUCGGGAGAAAAUUCAGGAACAUCGAGAAACCUUUGAUGCUGAAAAUCUUCGAGAUUUUCUCGACAUGUAUAUUUUGAUGACACAGGAAGAGAAAAGUGAAUCUUAUUCAGAGAUGAAUAUCUUCCGAACAAUUGUUGAUCUAUUUACUGCUGGUUCUGAAACAACAGCCACAUCUUUGCUCUGGGCUUUUUUGUACUUAACAAAAUACCCAGAGAUACAACAUCAAUGUCGAGAGGAAAUCCGAAAGCUGACUGGUUUUAGCCGAAUGGUCACAAUGGCAGAUAGAGAAGAAUUACCAUUUAUCAAUGCCACAAUUCUUGAAGUACAAAGGAUUGCCUCAGUUGCUGUCUUUGUUGCCCCCCAUGUGGCAGAGGAAGACAUUACCCUUGGAGAUUUUGAUGUACUCAAAGGCACAAUUCUUAUGUUUAAUGUCAAUGCUCUUCACAAUGAUCCAAGGUACUGGGACAAUCCUGAGAAGUUUCUUCCGGAACGAUGGUUGACAAAAGACAAGAAAAUUAUAAAGCAUGAGGCUUUUCUGCCAUUUUCAUGGGGUCCUCGCAGCUGUCUUGGAGAACCGUUGGCUAGAAUGGAAAUGUUCCUGUUUUUCACCAAUUUGCUGCAGCGUUUUGAAUUUAUUAAUCCACCUGAUGAACCAGUCUCACUUUCAGCACAGUUGGAUAUUGUGAAAGAGGGUCUGAUAACGAAAGGAGAAUUAGUAAAUGGAAGGCCAAAUUGGUUGUUUGCGAUAAAGAAAAUCUUCAACAAAAAAGGGGUUUUCUUCAACACAGGUCAAGAGUGGAAAGACUUGCGAAGAUUUUCACUCUCAACUCUUCGGAAUUUUGGUGUUGGCAAGAAAAGUUUGGAAGAGAAGAUACAGGAAGAAGUUGUGGAAGUUUCCAUUGCCAUUGAAGCUCACAACGGCAAACCUUUCGUCCUCAAGAAACACAUCGGCGAUGGUGUUUUUAAUGUCAUUUACAAUAUAAUUUUUGGACAAAGAUUAGAAUACACAGCUCCAAGGUUUCAUGAAUUAAUUGAUAUUUUUGACUACCUCUUUAAAAAUGCUGGAAUACAGCUACUCGAGAACUUUUUGCCCUGGCUACAGUACGUCCGCAAGAAUUCGCCCGCACAGAUCUUGAUUAAAAAUGAUCAAAUUCUUCGAGGCUUUGUGCAGGAGAAAAUUCAAGAGCACCGAGAAACCUUUGAUGCCAACAACCUGAGAGAUUUUGUCGACAUGUAUAUUUUAAUGACGCAGGAAGAGAAAAGUGAAUCUUAUUCAGAGAUGAAUAUCUUCCGAACAAUUGUUGAUCUAUUUUCUGCUGGUUCUGAAACAACAGCCACAUCUUUGCUCUGGGCUUUCUUGUACUUAACAAAAUACCCAGAGAUACAACAUCAAUGUCGAGAGGAAAUCCGAAAGCUGACGGAUUUUAACCGAAUGGUCACAAUGGCAGAUAAAGACGAAUUACCAUUUGUUAAUGCCACAAUUCUUGAAGUGCAAAGGAUUGCUACAGUAGCUGCCAUAGGUGCCCCACAUGUGGCAGAAGAAGACGUCACUCUUGGAGGUUUUGACGUACCUAAAGGCACGAUUGUCCAAUUUAUCAUUCAUACCAUUCAUAAUGAUCCAAGAUAUUGGGAAACUCCCGAAAAAUUUCUUCCGGAACGAUGGUUAACAAAAGACAGGAAAAUUAUAAAACAUGAUGCAUUUCUGCCAUUUUCAUGGGGUCCUCGGAGUUGUCUUGGAGAACCUUUGGCCAGAAUGGAAAUGUUCCUGUUUUUCACAAAUUUGCUGCAGCGUUUUGAAUUUACUGACGCACCUGAUGAACCUGUCUCCCUUUCCCCGCGGAUGACUGGGAUCACUUAUCAGCCAAUCAAAUCAUUGAUUUGUGCCAAGCCAUUAUAG